AUGUACAACAACCUUAAUCCGGUCAUUGUUUCUAGCUCGAGUAGCUCGGUAGUGACAACAUCCUCAACAUCAAGCUCAGCACCUUCGACGAGCUCAACUGUUUCAACCCCCACUUCGGUCACUUCGGUCACUUCGACGUCAAGUGCACUAGGUAGUACGUCCUCUUCAGCUUCAUCAAGUGAUUCUUCGAGCUCAUCAGUAACCUCAUCUUCUGCAGCGACCACAGCAUCGACGUCAUCAUCCGCUCCUGCCACGACUUCCACAACAUCUAGCUCCGUAACCAGUGCAACGGGAGCGGUAUGCUCAAGCCCCUCGGCUCUUGCGCCCGUCGCCACUCCAAAUCCAGCAAGAAGAUCAUUCACUUGGAGUGUUGGUUGGGUACGAGCUGCUCCGGAUGGAUUCGCCAGACCUUUUGUCGGCAUUAACGGACAAUGGCCCAACCCUACAAUCAGUGUCAACAGAGGAGACACUGUCGUCCUAACCGUUACGAACAACCUUGGAAAUGAGUCGACUGCGAUCCAUUUCCAUGGUCUUCGCCAGAUCAACACGACUUAUGCGGAUGGGCCAUCGAUGGUCACUCAAUGUCCCAUCCAGCCCGGCGGAACAUUCGUCUACCAGUUCAUCGUCGACCAACCUGGUACUUACUGGUACCACGCUCACAUUGGUGGACAGUACAUUGAUGGAUUCCGAGGCCCACUCAUCGUCAAAGACGUCAAUGCGCCAUACCGGGUUGAUACAGAAUAUGUGAUGACGAUCAGUGAUCUAUAUCACUCAGAAGCACCUCCAUUGAUCAAUUACUAUCAGUCUUUGGGCAAUGCCAAUGACAAUAACGGGGCGGAACCUGUUCCAAAUUCUCUUUUAAUCAACGAAGCGCAGAACGUUCAAUUCCCGAUGGUAGCAGGAAAGAAGUACCUAUUCAGAAUUAUCAACGUGGGAGCCUUCACGCCAGUUUAUCUCCAAUUCGAUCAACAUAGCAUGACUAUUGUAGAGAUAGAUGGAGUUUACACUUCUCAGUGCACACAGGAUCAGCUGUUCAUUACUCCUGCGCAAAGAUACAGUGUCAUCAUCCAGGCCAAGGCGACUGGCACGCAGAACUUUGCCAUUAAAGCAUCGAUGAGCGUUGGGAUGUUCUUCCCUCCGCUCAUUCCAGCUACUUUCAACACCGAGGUCUCUGCUUUCCUUGUUUACAACUCUGCCAAUGGCCUCCCACCACCAUUGACGAUCACUCCCGAGCCCUUCGACGAUUCCAUCUUCACUCCUUUAGAUGCAACGCCCGAGUUCGGCCCCGUCACACUCCCUCUUUCCUGGGCCGUCGACUUCACUAACAACGCCAACGGCCAAAGACGAGGCACAAUAAACGCCGUUGACUACGUCGCACCCAAGGUGCCCACCCUCUACACCGCAAUGAACGCGCCUGCAGCAAAUGUCAACGAUCCAACCAUCUACGGUACGCACACCACACCUACCGUCGUCCCCUACAACGCCGUCGUCGAAAUCUUCCUCGAGAACCACGACACCAACCCGCACCCUUUCCAUCUGCACGGUCACAACAUGCAGCUCGUCGGCCGCUCUGGUGGCGGCAGCAUGUUCCCCUACAACCCGCCAGCAGGAGCAGCUCCCAUGCGCCGCGACACCAUCCAAGUCCCCGCCGGCGGCUCCGUCACCCUGCGCUGGGUCGCCAACAACCCGGGCAUCCAGCUCUUCCACUGCCAUCUCGAGUGGCACGUCGAAGCGGGGCUCACCGCAACCUUCAUCGAAGCCCCGACUCAGUUACAGGCUUUGAAGCUGUAUAUUCCUGUCAGUCACAGAACAGUGUGCGCGAAUCAGAGUAUUGCCAUGAAGGGCAAUGCUGCCGGCAACACGGCCGAUUAUACGAAUAUGAAUGGGCAGAAUACGCUGGUUAGCGCGAAUCUUUGGGGCAGUCUUGUGAAUCCGCCGAGUACGCCGGCAAAUCCUUAUCCGCUGAAUUAG